GCCACCGCUCUCCGUUCUGCCUAGCCAUGGCUUUCAUGGUGAAGUCAAUGGUUGGUGGCCAACUGAAGAAUCUCACUGGUGGCUUAGGAGGAGAAGACAAAGGAGAAGCGGACAAAUCUCCAGCGGAAGCCCAAGGAAUGACGAAGGAAGAAUAUGAAGAGUAUCAGAAGCAGCUGGUGGAAGAAAAGAUGGAGCGUGAUGCCGAGUUUGCCCAGAAGAAGGCUGAGCGUGCGACUCUGCGGACUCACUUCCGUGACAAAUACAAACUGCCCAAGAAUGAAACCGACGACAACCAGAUCCAACUCGCCGGGGGUGACGUGGAGCUGCCUAAGGAGCUGGCCAAGAUGAUAGAGCAAGACAACGAGGAAGAAGAGGAGAAGGACUCUGUUAUCGGACAGCUGACCAACAUCCAGAACCUAGACCUAGAUUCCUUGAAGGACAAAGCCCAAGCCACCAUAGACGACCUGAAGCAGUCGGCUGAGAAAUGCACCGUCAUGUGACUCCAUGCUGCCUCUUGAUCCCAGUUGGUCAACUUGGGACCCGUGUGAGUGGGGUGGGGUGGUCUGGUCUGUGAGGGGGCAAGGCUGACCCUAGUCGAUGAGAAAAGACCCAACAGACGCCCAAUGAGUUUGUCUUCCUUGUGUGCGCGCGUGUGUGUGAGCUGAGUAUUUUCUUUGCAGCCCGAAUCCUCUCCCUUGUAACGUA